AGAAGGAGGAGGAGGAGGAAGAAGAGGAGGAAGAGGAGGAGGAAGUGGACUCUGAGCUGGACGCGGAGCUGCCAGCUGGGCUUCACACCGGGAGGAAAGCGGCGUGUUGUGGGUGUUUGUGUUCCCGGGCCUGCGGCUGCAGAGGAGCCGGAGCUCUGUGAUGAAGAACCGGAGCCUGUGAACCACAAGAAUCCGCCUUCUGACACAUCUGUGUGAAUGUGUUGUCAGGUGAUGGACGCAGAGAGUGGCGAGCUGUUCCUCAGCGGUGACGGCGGCGUGGCGGCAGACAGCUGGCAGCUUGACGCACCGUUCUCCUGCUCUGAACUGGUCUUCAGCGGUUCGGAGAAACCCCUGCAGGACUGGGCGGUGGACCCCGACUGUACGCUCGACGACAGCGAAUCAGAGGACGUCCUCCACGGCGUCGACCCAAACGAGGUGUUCCCCAGCGGGCCGCCUGCAGACCCGUCAUCCGAGAGCGACAGUGGCAUCUCUGAGGGUCCUGUCGUUGAGAGUCCCGUCACCACGGUGACGGCGGUGACCGCGACGACCUCCCAGCCGACCCCGGCAACCGUGUACCAGGUGGUUUAUGACAUCAGUGGGCUGGGAGGCGUCAAGGCUGAGCCUGGACAGGAGAACGUCAUCUCCAUAGAGCUCGACGAGUGGAGCUCCCAGAUGUUGUUUUCAGACACCUGCGUUGUGAACGAGCUGCCGCUGGUCUCCGCCGCUCGCCUCGACGGCAGCGGCCUGGCUGUCAUCGACCCUCCCAGCCCCGACAGCGAUCUGCUGUACCCGGAGCUUCAGCUGACCGAGGAGGAGCAGAAGCUGCUGAACCAGGAAGGAGUUUCUCUGCCGAACAACCUUCCUCUCACCAAGGCGGAGGAACGAAUCCUGAAGAAAGUUCGAAGGAAAAUCCGCAACAAGCAGUCGGCUCAGGACAGCCGCCGCAGGAGGAAGGAGUACAUCGACGGGCUGGAGGGCAGGGCAGCAGCUUGCUCAGCACAGAACAAGGAGCUGCAGAGGACAGUUGAGCAGCUGGAGAAACGUAACAUGUCUCUGCUGGCUCAGCUGCGGCAGCUCCAGUCUCUGAUCAAACAGACGGUCAGCAAAGGAGCCCAGACCAGCACCUGCUUACUGAUCAUCCUGGUCUCUCUGGGUCUGAUCAUCAUGCCGAGUUUCAGUCCGUUCAGCCGCAGCUCGUCUACAGACGACGACUACAGGCCCACAGGAGUUAUCUCCAGAAACAUCCUGACAGACCCCUCCUCCUCCUCCCCCUCCUCCUCCCCCUCCCAGCCGGCAGCAGACGAGGUUGAGACUCUGGCGGUUCAUUCUGACUCCUCGUUGCCGCCCUAUGACCUCAGCCAAUCAGGAGCUCCAGAGGGCGCUGCUGUCCCACGAGAACCAAUAGAAACCCCUGAAAUUACAGCUGUUGACGGCGCGGCCCAGGAGGGGAGCCGAACAGGGAACAGCUCAACUGUUGUUGCCGGGCAGACUGAACCGCUCGCCCUCGGUCUGAGGUCAGCGGCCGGAAAAGGAAGCCACGAUCCGGCCAAACCUGCGCACGCCGACGAGAUGUAGACGGACUGUUUCAGGUUUGGUGUCGUGCUCGUGGAGACUGUCAGGACAUGUUAGCUGUAAACACAUGACCAGUGAGGGACGCUCUGAUUGGUCAGUGCUGAUUAGUAUCAGCUGAUAUCUGUUGGUGGUGGUUUUCUGAUCAGAAAACAGAUCUUUAAACAUGAGCGGUAGAUGCGAAGAUUAAUGCCACUCUCAUGUCUGUACGAUAAAUAUGAAGCAACAGCCAGUUAGCUUAGCUUAGCAUAAAGAAACAGGGGGAAACAGCUAGCCUGACUCCUCCCCAUGAUAACAAAUGUUACAUCUCAUUUGUUUCAUUUGUACAAAAACCAAAGUGUAAAGUUGUUUUUGAGGGGCUGCAUGGCUUACAGUUUCCCCCUGUUUCCAGUCUUUGUGCUAAGCUAGGCUAACUGUCUUCUGGCUGUAGCUUCAUAUUUAGCUUACAACAUGUUCUGUUCCUUUAAACUGCACAUUCUGAAGUUUGUACUUCUUCAGUCUGGGUCUUCUUCUUGCACCUGAGGCCGUUCUCACGUUGCUCUCACCAACUCCCGUCUGGAGGUUUUGGGAAAUACAGAUUCAAGCAAAAAAAAACAUCUGGAGGCAAUCAGCUGGAGCCUCCUGAAGCUUCAACUUUUACAUUAAUCAUUUCAAACUCUUGUCCGAGUCUGACAGGAAUAUGGAUCUUCUUCUGCUGCAACGGCGAACUGAACCAUCUCAGAGCUUGUGUCUAUACAACAAAGCUUCAUGACGACAAUCAUUAGAACCAGUUACAGAUCUUCUGCCCUUAACCUCUGUUGGAGCCUGAAUUAGCAUCUUUAUCACACAGGAGGCCGAGUCCUCCUCCACAUGGAGCUGUUAACAGUGGUAUGUGUUAGCAUGCUAGCACUUUCCUGCAGCAGAUGGUUCCUGAACUUCUCUGCAUCCAGGACUCUGUGUUCUGUAGAAGCAGGUACAGGAAGUGACCCUUCAGAGAUCUGGUCCUGAGCUCAGUCAAACCUCCAGUCCCCUGAAUGUGCAGGACUCAAAAAUAAAGUUACAGCAAAGUUAAAAUAGUUUGUUCUCCUCUGGAAAAUCCACAUUUAAGGAACCUGUUUGGAUGAGUCGGUAAAGAAACCCUCCAUUGCAUUCUGGUACUUAAUCAGUUAAAUUAACAAUAACUUAAAUAAUCAAUGAUUUAAAUAUUUAUUAGUUGAAUAGAUUGCUCAUUAAAUAUACUGUAUAUGUUUGUUUUUAGGUGACUGUGCCGCACUAACAAAGUGGUUUUACUGAUUGUUUUUCACAGUAGUUAAAGAGACAGACUUUAUAAUUUUUUAAAAGACUAAUGUUAAUUAAUGGAAUUAGAUUCUGUUGGAUUUAAUUAUAGUUUCAUUGACAAUCAGUUAAUUUUUUUCAGACAGAUUUUAAAAGGUAAUUUCACUCACGUUUGCGUUUCUCAUUGCCGUAACCCAACAUGGCUUCAUUACCUGCCGACCUCUGACCUUACUUCUGCUUCUCAGCCUUUGUGGCCUUCUCACCUGUAGCGGACUCAACACCAUGAACCUGCAGCAACCAUGAAAGUAAAGGUGAAUCCAGUUCAAAGUAGUGUUGUCAUUUAUCCAUGGAGGGUCGUUUCCCUUCGUUCACUCCCAAACAGACGUUUUCACUCGUCCACCUCGGGCCUUUCUAGCAGGUUGGUAUUUGGUGCCUUGAUUAAGGGCUUUUUCUUUUAGAACCAACACACUGAGAGAUGUGUGUUAUGGAAGAAAACUCCACCAAAGUGAAACUGUACUUUGGCUUUUUGUAAAUAAGGUUGAAUAUUUUGAAUAUGGAUGAUUGUUGGGAGGAUUUUGUAAUAGUUUUUUUUUUAUUUUCGGUCCCUCUGAAUGAAUUAUUGAUUGUUCUCUGCUUCACUAAGUGGAUUGGAUUAAUUUAUUUGGUUCCAUUAACCGGCUGGAAAACUGGGGCUUUAAUUUCAGCUGUUUUGAACCUUUUUUUUUCUCUUUUACUGGUUCAAGUUUCAACAGUUUAAUCAUGAGGAAUAGAUGAACCUGGUUUAUUCUGCAGUAAAACACUACAGUGGUUAACACCUCUAUAUCUAACAGCUUUCUCAUGUUUGUGUGAGACGCCGUCAUUCAUCUGCUGCUUUAUUCUUCAUGUUGACUUUAUUAAAAAGGGAACAAUAAA